AUGGCUACACCAGACUAUCACCUCAUCGGGCUAUACACCCGCUACUCCAGCUGGACAGCACGCGUUGAAGCAGUACUGGAAUACUUCCAGAUCCCCCAUACACACCAAUUCAUACAGCUCUCCGAAACAAAAGCCUUCUCCCCAACAGGCUUGGUCCCAAUCCUUCAAUGCCAUUCCCUCCCCUCAACAACAAUCACAGACUCCCUUGCCAUCUGCGAAUUCCUCGCUGAGUCAAACCCAACCCUCCCCCUCUGGCCCAAAGACCGCCACCUGCGCGCCCUAGCCCGCAGCGCUGCGGCCCAAAUGCACUCUGGCUUCCCAGUCCUGCGGAAUAACUUCCACACAAACUUCCUGGCCAAGUACACGGGCAACAUUCCCAUCCCGGAUGGCGCCGCCGCUGAGAUAGCGCGCAUGUUCCGGAUCUGGGAUUUGGCGCGUAAGGCGACUACAGAGCGUCUUGCGGAGCUGGGCGAGGUUGAUGAAGGGUUUUUGUUUGGUGGAUUUAGUAUUGCGGAUGCGUUCUUUUGGCCGAUUCUUUGGCGAUUCCGCUCCUAUGGUCUUUCGCUAGAAGGUGCUGGCCCUGAUGCGCUGGCGUGGAUGGCGAAGAUGUGGAAUGAUCCCGUGUUCAAGGCGCUGGGGAAUAGGUACUAUGCGCAGGCUGAGGAUCCGCAGACUUGCAUUGCGCAUUAUGAUGAUAUCUUCCGGGAUAGGGAUGAUGUGCAGUAUAGCUUGUUCCCGAAGGAUUGGACUUUCUCGGUUUCUGGGUGA